AUGAAGGAGGGGGACUUGCUGCGUGAGGCAGAGUUUAUAGCCGACUCGAUCGCCCCCGAGGGUUUGUGCAGCAGCAGCAGCAAGGAGCUGCUGCAGGCGAAGCUGGAUUCGCUGCUGCUGACGGAUGAGGCCUACGGCUGGCUCUACAUGAACUUCAGGCUCACACCCAAGUGGAUUGGCCCGGCGAAGGUUUUCCUUAAGUCCCUCCUCGCAAUCUUACAAAAAGAAGGGGUCCUGGCAGACGACGAUCUGCUAGACGCCGUGGGGCCGUCUGUGGCUGUGGUGGAGGACCCUAUGGAGGUUGCGUAUGAGAUAAUUAGGCAAGGAGAAGGUAAACCCUAA